AAAAUACUGAAACGAGUCAGUCGCCGCGUCGCGUCACGUAAAGUAUCUGCGCAUUGAGUCUCUCAGGAGUUUCCGGGACACACACCACACAAGCCCCAUACAGACACCCUGCCCUUCCCUUUUCUUCUUCCGCUCUCGUGCGGCGCUACUUUUCCGGUAUGAGGGCCGAUCUUGAGGAGGCGGUGUGCGUCGAAAGUAUACAUGUACAGUGGACAGUGGCUGUCUCUAGGCGUAUGCUGUUGUAACGGCAGGGGUCCAAGCAUCACCUGCCACAAGGGCAGCGCACAUCUGCGGGGACGCAGCGACCUGGCACGGCACAGCUAACGCCCAGCCACCCACUCUCACUGCCCCCGACUCCUCCGAAGCGCCACUUUUUAGCCAUAUAUGCAUGAUGCGUACCUGUAGAAGUCGCCCUUGUUUCCCAUGGUCGCAUCCCUUUGCAUCUCUUCUCAAUCCGCCCCUUUCCAUUGUUCGAACUCGACUUGUUCAUUUAGAAGUUCAUCCUCAGCCAUGGUGAUCUCCCUUCAACAGCCAGUCACUACCCGGUCCCAAGGCCCUUCACAGGCGCUACACGUAUCAGUGUCCCCCAAUAGAAAUCGGUUUCCGCCAUUGCAAUUGCGAUCUGCACGUCCAGGCGGCGAUAGUCAGCGCAGACGGGAAGCAAUGCGCAAGCAUGCCUUCACAGUGUAUGGCGGCUUUGAGUCGGAUCAGCCAAGAGGAUCAGAGGAGCCAGGUAUGCGUGAGGCCGCACACAUGUAGCACAUAGCUGACGGCCGACAGCUCAAGGAGCGUGCACCUCCAAACCCUUGCCCCGCCUGCCGACGGCCUCCUUGGACACACAGCAUUCUAGAAGUCCGUCAUGCCCGUCCCACCCAUUUGCGCUCUCAAAUUCUUCGCGCGCGAGUCUGAUGAUCUCUCCCUUGUCGAGCUGGCACUUUGGGGUGCCUGACACACCGGAGGAUUGCUCCGAUCUGUUG